GAACAAGGAGAUCCCCCGCAUCUGAUCGUCAAGAGAUAGAUCGAUAACACGCACGGAGCCUCCCAAAGGCUAGUCCGAGCCUCACCAUGGCACCUUCUUCCUCGCCACUCCCCGCCGUGGGUGCUCGGGUCCAUUCAUCUUCACCUGGUAACAAGCUGAGCGAUACCGAGUCUGACGGAGAAGACAUGGUCACGCCUACCAGGAGGAAGAAGGACAAGGGAAAGAGCAAGGUGUUGGGAACCCCGGCGGUACCUCUGAGGUAUCCAAACCUGGAGACUCCGACCCAGGUCUCUAGGGCGAUUAGCAAACCGAGAUCAUUACGGCGGAACGCAUCCAAUCAGGAAGACUGCUUACGAGUCUUGACAACGACGUUCAACAAACCGUCUUUCAGGGGAAGACAGAAGGAGAUCAUGGAGGCUGCCGUGCAUGGGGCAGAUGUACUCGUCGUCGCUCCAACGGGAAUGGGCAAGAGUCUCUGCUUUCAGGUGCCAGCCGUAGCGGACGCGCACGGUAUCACGAUCGUGAUCUCGCCACUUCUGUCUUUGAUGAAAAAUCAGGUAGAGGCUCUGAGGGGGUACGGCGUCAAGGUUCACAUUCUGAGCUCCGAGACGACAUUCCCAGAACGGCAAGAGAUUGAGAAGGAUCUCGCUUCCGGACAUCCUUACGCCCGGCUCUUAUACAUCACCCCUGAAUCCCUGUUCAGCCCGAAAUUCUUGAAAAGCAUCAAGAUCGUAGUGGGACAAAAGGAACUGAGGCGUCUGGUGGUCGAUGAGGCGCACUGUAUCUCGGAAUGGGGUAGCUCGUUCAGGCCUGAAUAUAGGAAGUUGGGCUUUUUCAGGAAGGAGUUUCCGGAUAUCCCGAUCAUGGCGUUGACGGCGUCCGCCACGGCGGCGGUGGAGAGGGACAUCAUCGCUCAGCUUGGAUUAUCACCUAGACACCUUUACCGGUGCGUCGAGCCGUUCAACAGGACGAACUUGUAUUACGAGGUCCGAUACCGUCCGGAGCCAGAUCAGUACCGCAUCAAAGAUGUCGAAAUGUUCAUCAAGGCAUUCGCAAAGAAAGCGCCUGUCGACCCGUUAGACCCAGAAAAGAGAACACCGGUCUCCGGUAUCAUCUACUGUCGGGCUCGUGCGAUGUGCGAUCAGGUAGCGGAAAUGCUCCGGGAGGAGGGAAUCAGAGCAAAGCCGUUCCAUCGGGGACUGAAGAACCCAGAGCUGGACAAGACUAUGCAGCAGUGGCUGGAAGGCGGCGUCGAAUGCGUGGUCGCUACGAUUGCUUUCGGAAUGGGGAUCGACAAGCCGAAUGUGAGAUAUGUAGUGCAUUUCGACCUACCCAAGAGUUUCGAGGGCUACUAUCAAGAGACGGGUCGUGCCGGACGGGAUGGACACAUUUCGAGAUGUUUGCUGUAUUACUCGAGAGAAGACGCGGUCCGACUCCGCCGACUCGUCAACAUGGAAUCUGGCAAGAAAAAGCACUCGAAACCAGAAGAUGAUGACGAGCUGGAUGAGCAUAGCGGGGUCGACAGUUUCAAACAGGUGCAACACUACGCCGAAGCCACGACUCUCUGCCGGCACGUGGCAAUCUGUAGGUACUUUGGGGAGAAAAUCGACGAAGCGAAUCCGGUCACGGCCAAGAACUAUUGUGAUAACAUGUGCGAUGUUUGCGUCAAUCCGGAGAAAGUUGCUACUCGUGCAAAACAGCUUACCGCUGAGGUUGCGGUAUCCUCGCAGAUUCCAUUUAGGAAAGGGCGGGACCGUGAGGAACUGGAUCCAGUGCACCCUGUCUCGUUCUACGGUCGACGAACCUCCCCGAGCCCGCCUGCUGCGCAAGACCCGCCUCGCGUUUCUGCGACUCGCCAUGGGAUAGAAACCCAUUCCACCGCGAUGCCUCCUCCCUCCGCACCUGCUCGGCCGGAACCAAGGACCAGUGUCGCUGCGCCGGUAACCAAUCCCUAUCUCGCUGCUCCACCGCCGCCUGGUUUGUCUCGGGUCGGGAUCGCCCACUCGAGUCACGGUCACGGACUGCAAGGACCUCGCCGAGCUGCUCCGGACAAAUCUUCGAAGGAAAAGACCUCUCCGGUCAUUAUCGAACGGUCCGAACCUCCUACCAAGAAGUCCAGGAUCGUCCCGCCGAAUCCGUACGCCGCUUCGCCAUCCUCGGCGAAUCCAGUCUAUACGGUUGCUGCGAGACGUAUCGGAUCUCAACACGGCUUCAAGACGCCGUUCAUGACACAGCCGCGUAUUACGCCUUCGCAAAGAGCUAGUCGGAAGUUGAAAGAAAAUUCGUCGUUUGACUUUGAUAUCGAAGAGGGCAGUCUGAGGGUGGAGAUGUCCAUGUCACAGAAACUCCCAACUGCGCUUCGAACCGAGACGCUGAAAGCGAUAGUAAAGGCAAUGCACAACUGCCUUACAGGGAAUGUCUGGGAGCGGCUAUUUGCGGCGAAGGGUGAUUUCACAGCGAAGCAAAGGACCGCAGCGAUCUUGAGCGCUUGUAAGGGAACGGAAUCAGACGUCAUGUCUUGGUCAGUAUCGGCUGAAGGCUACAGCGAGCGUACAGCCAAGGUACUACGAUCCAUCAAGUCACAGAGAGCCUGGCAAAUGGUGUGCUCGGGUGAUAUGAUGAGCAGUGAUGAGGAUGACAACGAAGAAGCGGAGACUCUCGAACAGAUCAGGCAGCGUAUCGUGAUGGCCUUGAAGUAGCACGAUACUCGUUACGACCGAUUCAUAGCACGACAAGAAGAUUUAGGAUACAACAAGUACUCACAACGAACGAUUACGACCCCGACACGACACAUGAUCUCUUGUAGGAUUCACCUCGAUGUAGCGUUGUAACGAGUAUAAGCGUGUAAAGCUACAACUAGAUCUGUGUGAUUCGAAGCCCGGUGCAGGUCGCCCGGGGGGGGGUAUCAUAUCGCGAAAGGUCACACUAUUCGCAUUCGGUUUGCAAGUCCACUCUAACCGAAAAGCUACUGAAAGAUCAGCAUGGCGCAUA